AUGGAGAAAACAACACAACCCCCAGCCGAUCUCGAGGCCUCCCCCGACGUCCCCGCAAAGCAGGAGUCUGGCGUAUCCCAACGAUGGAAGCAGAACCUCACAACAACACACGCAGACCUGGUCUGUCUACUCCUCUGUUUUCUCACCGGACUAUGCGAUAGCAGCGCCUACAACGCAUGGUCCUGUUUCCUGGGCAUGCAAACAGGAAACACCAUCUUCCUAGGCCUAGGCGCCUCCAACCAACCGACCAGCAAGCCCUGGGGCUGGCUCAAGUCCCUCGUGUCAAUCGCGUCAUUCUUCCUCGGCGCAAUGGCCUUCUCGAUCGCAAUGCGCAGCGUCGGCGCCCUCCGCCGCGGAACCCUCUUCAUCUCCUUCUUCGUGCAAGCCUGCUUGAUCGUCAUUGCCGUUGCGCUCAUUGAAGCCGAUCUUAUUCCCCACACCUCUGCCGACGCUGGUCUCGACGGCGGUCCCCUCUUCCUCGAGUUGAUUCCUAUUGCCCUGCUGGCUUUCCAGUCUGCUGGUGGUAUGACUUGCUCUCGGUCGCUUGGGUAUAAUGAGAUCCCGACUGUUGUCUUGACAAGUGUUUACUUUGAUAUUGCUUCUGAUCCUAAGAUCACUGAUAAGCCCACUACCAAUGUUAAGCGCAAUCGGCGCAUCGGUGGUGUUGUGUUUUUACUCAUUGGUGCUAUUGUUGGUGGCUGGUUGAGUCGCAGUAGUGGUGGCAUGGAGUCUGCUUUAUGGAUGGCUGCUGGUAUGAAGUUUGUUGCUGCUGUUGGCUGGUUGUUCUGGAGGGCUGCUCCGCCAAAAUAG